CGCCUGCGCAGGUCAUUGGCGCCAAGAUGGCGCUGGAGAUGAGGCUUCCGGUGGCUCGCAAGCCUCUUAGCGAGAGCCUGGGCCGCGAGGCUAAGAAACACCUAGUGGUGCCGGGAGACACGAUCACUACGGACACGGGCUUCAUGCGGGGCCAUGGAACGUAUAUGGGAGAAGAGAAGCUCAUUGCAUCUGUGGCCGGCUCUGUGGAGAGAGUCAACAAGUUGAUUUGUGUGAAAGCUUUGAAAACCAGAUAUAAUGGUGAAGUAGGAGACAUUGUAGUGGGGAGAAUCACAGAGGUUCAACAGAAGAGGUGGAAGGUGGAGACCAACUCCAGGCUGGAUUCAGUUCUGCUUCUCUCGUCUAUGAACCUUCCUGGGGGAGAGCUGAGGAGAAGAUCUGCGGAAGAUGAGCUUGCAAUGAGAGGCUUCUUGCAGGAAGGGGACCUCAUCAGUGCUGAGGUCCAGGCAGUGUUCUCUGAUGGAGCUGUCUCUCUGCACACAAGGAGCUUGAAAUACGGGAAACUAGGUCAAGGGGUUUUGGUCCAGGUUUCCCCCUCCCUGGUGAAACGGCAGAAGACCCACUUCCACGACUUGCCAUGUGGCGCCUCCCUGAUUCUGGGCAACAACGGCUUCAUCUGGAUCUAUCCAACAUCUGAGCACAAAGAUGAGGAUGCAGGGGGCUUCACUGCAAACCUGGAGCCCGUCUCCCUUGCUGACCGCGAGGUGAUCUCCCGGCUGCGCAACUGCAUCGUCUCGCUGGUGACUCAGAGGAUAAUGCUGUAUGACACCAGCAUUCUGUACUGCUAUGAAGCAUCCCUUCCACACCAGAUCAAAGACAUCUUAAAGCCAGAAAUAAUGGAGGAGAUUGUGAUAGAAACACGCCAGAGGCUUUUAGAGCAGGAGGGAUAAGGAGCUACUCAUGAAGGGGACAGGACUGUGUGUACCUCCCUGGAGUGAAGAAUCCAAUGUUUGGUCCUCACGUGGGGCCCAGUGAAGACCUGAGAAAUCAUCACCUUGUUUAUAUCAAAGGCUGCAUGGUCACCUCCAGCCCGCAGACCUGCUUUCUCCUGCAAAACCUGGGUGGAAGGUGAACAGUGCUUCUGGCCCUCUGGGUUGCCACCCAAGGCGGUCAUUUCGGGUCUAAGUGCACAGUUAGAAAGUGUCCCAGUUGCAUAGACUCCAAUCCUGGAAUAGCCGGAGAAUCCUUUGUCUUCCAGCACCAGCAUUCACUAGGUACAGCACCCCUUGAGAUUGCCCCAGUGGAAAACCUGGUAUCCCCAACCCCCAAAUGGUCUGUUUUGGCCUCUGUUCCCACUUCCUUUAAAGCACAGUAUAGCAGUGAAGGAUGUAGUUCUUAAGGCUGGUCUAGCAGUCAUAGGGAAGAAUAAAGUUAAUCAAGCAGCCUUUA